AUGCUAGCUGAAAAUGAAGUUGACAACGUACUGGUGGUUGUAUCUCGAUGGCUUGACCCCUCACCCCCUCAGCCCAAGUCCCUAUGGAUGAACAAUGGUGAUGUGUUCUACUCUAGCAAUGGGGAGUUUCCAUCCAUGAGUGACCUGACUGAAGAGGAGGGGUCCCAUUCCGACUUUUCAACUUCAUCCUGUUCUCUGCCCUACCCAAAGACCUACCGAGGUAGCCCGACCUUUGAAGAUCACAGCUCGGCUAGUUCCUCCUGUAUGCCUUCUAGGAGCUCCCCACUUUACGAGGAGAUGGCCUCACGGAGUUCCCCCCUCCACGAGGAGGUAACCUCCAAGACUGGACAGCUCCACAACCUGAUGCUGGCCCUCCAAGACCUUCAGUACCAAGGUGUCGUGGGAACUGGAUUAGUCAACCCCAGGAGACCAGUUCUUUGGUGCUCUGAGGUAUAG